UUUGAGGUUGAGAGCAAAUGAGAUGAUUGAAGAUCAGAAGAACAUCGUAAAGAAAGUUGAAACACUCUUAUCAGAUAACGUAAUGGCGGAUCAGCUUGAAAAGGAAUUAAACAAAAUAAUAAAUCUGCAACAACUGGACGUAACGUCAAAUGACAGAAGUAUCAGAGCCAUGAUAGGUGUUCAGGUAGACUGGAUGAUAAUACAAAGGGAGUUUGUUCAGGCAUUCCUUCAGCUAACAGAUGAAAAGUGCAAGUCUAAUUAUGACUUUGGGAAUCGUGCGAUCAUUGCAUUGCAAAGAAAUGAGAAGAACGCGUGGGACGUGUACAAUGAAGAUUGGAACAUUUAUCAGAACCUCCGUAAAGAGAUAAAUCACCGACUCGAAUGUAUUGGAAAUAAUACGACAGAUAGGAUCGCAACAGCAGAAAAUACGACAGAAAAGAGCACUACAGCAUGGAAUGCGACAGAAAAGAGCACAACAGCAGAAAAUGCGACAGAAAAGAGCACAACAGCAGAGAAUACGACAGAAAAGAGCACAACAGCAGAGAAUACGACAGAAAAGAGCACAACAGCAGAGAAUACGACAGAAAAGAGCACAACAGCAGAGAAUACGACAGAAAAGAGCACUACAGCAGAGAAUACGACAGAAAAGAGCACAACAGCAGAGAAUACGACAGAAAAGAGCACAACAGCAGAAAAUGCGACAGAAAAGAACACAACAGCAGAAAAUGCGACAGAAAAGAGCACAACAGCAGAGAAUACGACAGGUAAAGAUACGAAAGGGGCAGUUUCGUCAGACAUGGCUUUAUCAAAUAAUAUGGUAAAUCCAUUAAUUGCUAAUGCUAGUCACCAGGAUGAUAAAAGACCCAAAAAAUGGAAGAUCGUAAUAGGAAUAUCGGUAUCUGCAUUAGUCGCUGCUGUUAUAGUGCUUAUAAUCGUAAAGAAUAAAGUACAAAAACGCUGCACAGUCAAAGAGACGUUUCCUUGCACUGAAGAUGACAAGAAAAUUAGUGUACAUUUUCAGAGUAAAGAAAAAGCUGCUGAGUCAUAUUCUGACGCAGAAACUGACGAUAUGUAUGAUGAUAUAGCUAGUAUAAAGAAUCCUUCAAAGCACCAAAACAAUCAGUACAAUAAAUACAAACCAGCUAACCAUGACACAAUUCUAGAAAAAGCAAGCAGUUGCAAGGGAUCGGAGCCAUCUGCACCUCCAAAGACUGAUCUUGAAGCAGAUGGUACGUACGACACAAUCUGUGUUGUUGAGACUAGGAUCAGUGAACCACCAUGCCCAGAGGAUGCUAACUUUUCAGACGUCAUCACUCUUCAGAACACUCUUCAGAACACUAAACCAAGCAAUCUGAUUGAUGAUGAAGAUAGUGACAGCCAUUAUGAUGAUCUGACAGAGCUCAAAGGAAUGAUUAAUUCUCAUGCAGCACAAAGUAACAUUGUCGUACACAAAGUGAAACAAUGUGGAGCUGGAAAUGAUGAUGGAAUGUUGAGGAAUCCUGAACCGGCUACACAAAGAUCUUUGGGAGAUCUUUCCACUUAUAGUUGUACACUACAGUUGAACCAGACUUCGAUCCAGCAACCUUCUCAUAAUCUGAAGUUUCUCGUAGGGCAAUCCAGUACUGAAAUUAGUGGGGAGUACAGUACAAUCGAGCAAAGCCAGGGUGCAGCCAUAAUUGACAUGGAGAACGAGGAAAAUAAUUAUUCGCUGCUGCACGGAAACAAAAUGUCAAGUGAAAAAGAAGAUCUGCGUAAAAGAAACAUAAGGGAGGCAUCGAAAAAGCGGAACAGUUGCAUUUUAGAGCUCAACCAGAACAAGCAAUCAGUUCAAAACCUGACAAACCCCCCAUACAAUAAAAGUAUCAGUUUAACUGCACAAGGAGAAGAUGCUCCACGGUACCACACCACAAUGAAUACCUGCUCCAACCUGCAAAGAUAUAGUACCCAUCUAGAGCUGGAGACCCUAUCAAAACGUAUCACCAAACCUCUGGAGCUAAGUGUUAGUGAGGAUGUUGAAGAUCCGUACCAAGUGCCAGACGAGCUCGCUGUGAUUGGAGACUCUGAGGAGACAGAGACACUGAGGAGUGAAGAUAAGAUCUACGAAGUUCCAGAUGAACUGAGGGAUACUGCUGAUGAGGAGUACAAUAUGAUAAACCACAUCAACUCCAGUUCAGAUAAAACACCAUCUGAAGAAGACUGCUACUCUGUAUUGAACAGAAGUGGAGGUCCUGACAACACUCCAGAGGAGGAAAGCAGUGAGGAGGAAAGCAGUGAGGAGGAUCCGUACGAAAUACCAGAUGAGUUGACGGUGAUAAGAGGAACAGCACUGGUAGAUAAGGAACUUGAAGCAGGGGAGGAUGGGGGUAUUUGCUUCAAGAUGAACUUGGGACUGAGGAACCCAUCUGACACGGAGUGAUAGAUCUUAGAAGAAGAUGCGGAUGAUAAGGACGGUUUAUAUCAGAUUUAAUUUCGGAAAGAAAGAAGCCUUUACAAACUAACAUUUAUCUUUGUGAUUUGCUACCUAUACUACUGAUUUUGAUAUGUAAUGGUUUAUUCCUGUAAUGGUUUAUUCCUGUAACAAGUUUUAGCUUUAUAAAUAAACACACAUUUGACGGCUAAAAACGAUAUGUUCGAGUUUAUAUAGUAAUAGUGAACGUUUGAGCGUUAUUUUUGAUAAUUUCGUAUAUUAAUGCUAAUAUAUCUAUUAUACUAAUAAUUAAUCUAAUUAAUCAUACAGAUUAAAGUAGACAUAUUGAUCAGUUUUAGAGCCUGCUAAUUAUUUUAUUUCUUCGAUAUUUUUUACGUCAAAUCGUGCAAGAAAUUUUGUAAUAAUCAUUAAUUAGAGAGACUGCUUGACUUUUUUGUUUUUGAUUUUUUUUUAAAUGACUAAUUCUUAGUUAUCUGAGAUUUGGAUUAUUAAUGAGUGUCACAAGUAUCGUACAUCAUAUUAUUGUUAUCUAUUGUUUGUUAAAAUAAUUCUUGAAAAUUAAUAAG